AGUCUGAAAACAGGCCAAAGAAACCGUAGGUUAAACUACAGAGUGCUUCUCAACACCAUGGUUAGGUUAAUAUGAAACUAUUGGAUCUAUAAUUGGUAACACUUAACGACUUGGCUUUGGCGCCGCACAGAAAGCUUAAAACCUGGAGGGGAUUGAAGGUUCUUCUUGGAUGGAGCCUGUUAGACCUGUGCCAAACGGUUCUGAGUAGUCAGUCCAGCAUUAAUCGCCAAGAUGGAGGGAGAUGAUGGUGACUUCCCCACUGAGCCAUCAGAGCACUCUAAUUCCCAGCGAGGAAGUGUGGCUUCCUCACUCACCAGAGCCCAGGAUUUGUUGGUGUACUUGGCGAGUGACAGCGCAGUGCACUUGACUUUGGAGAAUCUUGGUUGUGUGAAUGCUCAGGAGCUCGGUCGCAACGUCCGGGAGGCCCUCAACAUUCCCAACUCUGCUGUAGACGUGUUUGCUUUCUGGUUCUGCUCUCCCUUGCUUGAGCUGCAGUUGAAGCCAAAACAUCAGCCCUACAAGUUGUGUCGUCAGUGGCAGGACCUGCUAUACCGCUUCACUGAGGCCCCUGCAGAAGACAUUUCUCAAGAUGAGCCAAGUCUUGUGUUCAAAAGAAAUGUUUUUUAUCCCAGAUCAAAAGAACUUCAGAUUGAAGAUGAAGGAGUGUUAAGGCUGCUUUAUGAUGAGGCCAAGAUGAAUAUCUUGGAGGGUCGUUACCCUUGUGACCCUGAACACUGGUUGACAUUGGGAGCGUUGUCAUGUGCUAUUGAGCUGGGGAAUGGGCUAGAUGACCAGGCUGUCACAGCUGCAAUCAGAGAGAAGAAGCUAUGCUCCUUUCUGCCAGCCCAUGUUGCUUUAGGAGGAGGAGGUUUUCUGUCCACACUGAGAGGGAGGGGAGGGCGGCACGCUGAGAUGGAGCAAAAUCUUUUAAAGGAGUAUCGUUCUGUUUGCUCCUCUUCUGCAAGCAGCUCCAGCCAGGAGCCCACACCUCUGCUGCACCAGUACCUCAGGACUUGCCACACCCUGCCUUACUACGGAUGUGCUUUCUUCAUGGGUGAGAUAGACAAGCCAGCCCAGGGCCUCCUUCACAGAGGUGGUCGUAAAGCUGUGAAUGUGGGCAUCAGUCUGGAAGGAGUAUAUGUCAUGGAUGUAAAAGAGAAGUGUGGGUCCAACACUUUCAAGCUACAGAAAGCACAUAAAGGCAGAACAAAGAUGAAAGAAAGUCAUACAAGUUUGAGAUGGCAUGAGGAUUUUGUCCAUCGGAAUCAUAAUCAUCUCUCUGGUUCUGAUCUCCUUCAGCAUGUCCUACUUGGUCUGAAGUUCAGUGAACUUUCCUGGGAUCACAGUUACCCUGAGACAGAGGGCGACUCGCAUAUACUCUGGCUGGAAUUUGAUGGGGAGGAGGCUGGUGUGCCCGUCAAUAAAUUAUUAAAGAUUUAUUCCAAACAGGCCGAGCUGAUGAGUGGUCUGAUUGAGUUUUGUGUGGAGUUACGCUCUGUCUCUGAGUCAGCAGCUACAGGGACUGAUGGUGAAGUCACACCUUCCCAAGCACCUUCAGUUCAGGUGGAAGGCAGCGAGAAAACCCGAGAGAGACGGCAGGGCAAACUGCGCAGACAGAACAGCGUGGUCUGUAGCCGAGUACAUUCGCUCAGUACCAUCAACUAUGUUGAUGACGGCAAAGAGAUCAAGCGUCUGAAGCCAAAGAGAGCUGCUUCUUUCUUCACGCGACAGGCGCAGCCUCCCACUUACUCGGCUGUUGAGGUGACUGAAAGUUUGGAGUAAGGGUGAGCCCUGAGCUUCAACACUGCCCUCUUCUGCCCGGUGACCAAAAAUACAUCUGUCCAUUGAGAUUCUCAGAGACAAUGUUUGUUACACAGUACAAAACUGAUCUAAAUGGACAGAUCGGACCAAGAUCACAAACUGAAGAGCUUAACCACUAUUUAUAGAUGAUUUGUGCAUUGUCAAAAGAUUUCUCUGUUGGCCGUAAAAAAAGAAUGUGAAAUUUGAUUUAAUGUGCUGUUGUGAUAAACUAAUUAAGACAUUUUGGUUCAAGUGCAGUGGCUGUUAGACAGGCAAGGGAAGGGGGCUUGACAAACACAUCUGAAAUCUCUGUUUAGAAUCUCUGAAUGUAGAUUUCAACUAUGCAACCAUCAAACCAAACUACAUCCCAGUGGCUGUAAAUCAAGAGUACACUUUGAGCCAUGCCAUUGAUACUGAUAUAGAACUAGUCCUCCUGCACCAAAGCAAACAGUUAAUGCCUCUAAUAAAGGCCAACUGCUUCUAUACACAAACCAGGGCUCCUCUAUGGCAGAGCAUUGCGGAGACACCAUAGAGUAAGAGACAACAUUCCGCACUAUGUAUCCACUGAAUGCGUAUAUUGUUUUUGCUUGUCUGCAUAUGCAGAUUUCUACCGAGCAGCAAGAUAGUUGUUACUACAUCAUCAAAUAGAUUUGUAUUUGUUCAGUGAUGACUGAAGGUACAUUAUGACACAGCAAAUUGAGUGUAUUUGUAUAGUUCCCCGAAACUUUCAUCCGUAGUGUGUGUGGAGUGUGAGAAGUUUCAGUAGAGUGUAUCAGUGGUCCCACUACCUUGUUGCUCUGGAGAACUAUGCCUUUCUGAUGGAGUGCAAUGUAAUUCACUGCUCAAAACAAUACAGGUCCCACAAGAAAGUCAUCUGCAUUGUAAUACCGAAAGAACCUUUUAUAUGUCUACGUUCACUUUAGUAAAUAAUUAAAAUCACCAGUUGUGGAGGUAUUUAGUGAUGCAAUGUAUGAAACCCAUCCCUAAGCAUUGUACUGUAUUUCCGGGCUCUUUGAGCUGAAUGUACUUAACUACAUUAAAUGUAUCUAUUGUUUUGCUAAACGAAUGGCAACACAGGGCUCGACAUUAAUGCUUGUCCGGGACAACCACAAAUAAUUGCUAAGGAAUGCUACUUGUGAGAUGUAAUUGUUAGGUUAUCUGAUCCUAAAGUAUGAUCCUUAAUGUCCAUUUACAAUCUUUGCCACAUUUUACCUGAAGUACACUGUAUGUCCAGCAACAUGUGUGCUAUUGUAUGUAAAUCUGAAUCACUGUAAUAUGGUCAUAAGCAAAUAUUCUUUCAUACAAGUGUUUAGCAUUAAAACCCAUGACUAAUAUCAUUUUCGCCCUCCAUAGACAAAGUGCAGUAUCUACACAUUUAGUCAAAAUUGAGUUUGUUGGUUUUUUGUGGGACUGAAUUAUGGUUUCUUAGUCUAUGAUUUACGCUAUGUCUGAGUUGGUUCACUAUAUGGUUGAAUUUGUGUCCCUAAGUGCUUGUUCUGUUUUGCUAUUCAAGGUAAUGCACUUUUAAUUUUACAGGAGACUUAAGCAUUCUGGCAAGUAAACAAUCAAUUUAACUUGUCUGAAGGAAAGCUUAAUGUCAAGCCUUACAGCAUUAACAGCUUUUCACUUACCAGACGGAAGUCUGUAUUUAUCCAUGCUUAUCAUCUACUGGCUUAAAUUGAUUGUGGAAUAUGCAUCUUUCUGUAAACUUUUCUUUGCCUGCCACACUAGAGACUUGAUCACAUUUAAAUAUGUGUAAAAUGAAAGUCUUUCAAAUUUUCUUUUGUAAUAAGCUGAUCUGUGAAAUUAAUACAGCAACCAAUGGUUUUGAAAAACGGACCAGCGGAAUGGCGGAAAAUGAACGGUCUACACUGAAUUCAGAAAUGUUCAUUGCAUUUGUGCAAAGCUUUUGCACUGCCAUGAAGACAUUAAUCCCAAAUCUUCUGUAUUAUUGUACCAUUUUUUAAACCCAUUCUAAUAUUUUUAUUUCAAUCUGAACAUAUCGGGCACACACAGUACAUGCACCCACAAACUGUGUUGUAGUAGUCACAUCUAUGUCCUAGAACUACUAAAUCUGUCAAUACUAAUUUAAAGUGCCUUUUUACAUGUACAUUUGUCCGUCACUAUAGUUUUAGCUGUCACUGUACGUCAUUUCAUUUUCUUGAGUUGUAUCUCCACCACAUUUUGUUGUUUGUGAAGUUUAUACACAAAUUAGCACUACCAAGUUUUUGUGUCUGUAUGAUUAACUAAAACCAUUUAUAUGCAACAUUAACCUUUUUAUUCCUGCUUUAUACUAACUUCUGAAUGUGACUUUAGAAUGGAUUUUAUAUUGAGGUUAUAUUUAAGUGAUGCCUGCAAUGAAGUCUUUAAAGUGUUUAUCAAAAAGAAUUACACCUUGAGGAGAAAAAAAGAAGGCAAGAAAUAAAUGUAACAGUAACUCAAUUUUGUGUCUUAUUUGCAUGUUUUUAAAGGUUUAGUUCACCUGAAAAUGAAAAUUCUGUCAUUUACUUACACUCAUUUUGUUCCAAACCCAUGUAUCUACUGUAUGGGGUAACAGCUGGGUCCUCAAUAUGUAUAUUGAAGAAUAAAAUUCAGAGUCAGGUUUUGCAAUAAUCAAA